AUGGACAUGAGAGACAAAGUCACUUCUGGCCAUUUUUUCUUUGACAGCAAACCUAUGAUAGUGAAACCCUGGAGUGUUGAUAUGGAUAUGGAGAAGGAAGAGAUCAAAUAUGUCCCCAUUUGGAUUCAGUUGAGUCUGAAUUUUGAGUAUUGGGGUGAAAAAUCUCUUUUCAAAAUUGUGAGUCAGUUAGGCAAACCAAUUAAGAGGGAUGCAGCCACUGUGAGUAGGGAUAAACUUCAGUAUGCUAGGGUGUUGGUUGAUAUGCCAAUCACACAAAAGCUUCCUGAUCAAGUUUCAUUUAUGAAUGAGCAUGGUGAGCUGGUUCAGGUACCUAUCACCUAUGAGUGGAGACCAACUGUUUGUGAUAACUGCAAACUAGUUGGACAUUUAACCAUUGAGUGUAGGAAGGGGAAAACUAAGAGAAUAUGGGUGCAGAAAAAACAACAAGUUCAGAAUCACACAGAAGUGGUCGCACCAGAGGUGGAUCAGGAGGGGUUUCAAAGAACUCUCAGGCCAAUCAGGGUUAGACCUACCAACUUGGUUCCAACACCAGUUGAUAAUUCUUUCCAAAUGCUGAAUGAUGAUGGUGGUCACAGUGCUUGCAGUACUGCUGAGUUGGAUAGGGAAGAUGACAUUAAGGAGGUUGGUCUUCUAGAGCAUAAGGUUAAGCUUCCUAACUUAGGGAAGCUUUACCAAAGAGUUUUCCCAAAUUGGGGUUUCUCUAGUAAUGCAAGUUAUCAUAAUGGUGGCAGAAUUAUUUUGGCUUGGAAUCCAGGAAGCUUUUCUGUGAGUAUCCACGCAGCUUCUAGUCAGUUUAUGCAUUGCUUCAUUCAACCAGUGAGUGGUAUGCCUAGUUUUUUCUGUACUUUCAUUUAUGCUUUCAAUGAUAGCUCUAAUAGAGAAGUGUUGUGGAAAGAUUUGAAAGCUUUAAACACACAGGAUGCCUGGAUCUUGUGUGGAGAUUUCAAUUAUGUUAUGAGUACUGAUGAGAGAAUUGGCUCCCCUGUUAGGAAUGCUGAAAUAAUGGAUAUUUGUGAUUGUAUGCAUUUCUAUAGCAUGGAAUAUAUUAAGAGUGUGGGUAAUUUCUACACUUGGAAUAAUAAACAGCAUGGUGCAGCUAGAGUUUUUUCUAAAAUUGAUAGAAUAAUGGCUAAUCCUAAGUGGUUAGGUGUUUAUAGCUCAGCUGAAGUGUGUUUUAUGAAUGAGGGUUGUUUGGAUCAUUCCCCUGGAUUGUUGACUGUUUAUCCUAGGGAUACAGGGGGGGAAAUUUUAGGAUAUGAUACAUAUAACAAUUCAUAA